GGGUAAGUUUGGUGGGAAACUGUGUAAUUUCCUUUUUGCAAGGCACUAGAGCAGAAUCCAGAAUGGAUGUCCUCUUUGUAGCCAUUCUUGCUGUGCCACUCAUCCUGGGACAAGAAUAUGAGGAUGGAGAAGAACUGGAAGAGGAUGAGUAUUAUCAGGUGAUCUAUUAUUACACAAUCACCCCCAGCUAUGAUGACUUUAGUGUGAACUUCACUGUUGAUUACUCUAUGUUUGAGCCAGAGAACACAGUGAACAGGUUGGAUGAGAAGGUGGAAGCAUCAGAGACUACCAUUAGUUAUGAAACAGACCGCGCUGACCAUCAGAAGCCUGUAACAGAGAAACCAAUGACAAUGGAACCACAGAGUCCAGAUCUGAAUGACGCUGUAUCCAGUCUGCAGAGUUCUGGUCCACUCCUGUUCUGGGCCCUUGUUCAUGGGGGGAUGUAUUUCCUGUAAAAGGAGAAGGAAGACUCCUUGAUGGGGAUCUGGGAAGAGGACAGUGGAAGAUUAAAUAAAUAAAUGAAGUAA